GAGAGGUAGAGAAAAAAUACCCAGGUGGUGAAAUCACUAGCUCUGGACAUUAUCAUGAGUUUUGAGCCAAACAGUAAGUACUAUAGUGUGGGCCCUAAAACUUCAGAGAAGAGGAAUGACAUGGAGCUGAAUGAUUACUGGCUAGUUCUAACUAAGGGAGUGAGGGGCUGAGCUGUGGGAAUGAAAACAGUGGCAACUGUGACCUCAUGACAAUUGAAAAUAGAGCAGGGAAAUAUGACUAUGAUCUGCUCUGCACCAUCUGUAGAUCUGUCCUGAGGUAUCCUGUCAGAGUGGCCUGGAACCAUGUAUUCUGCAAGAUCUGCAUCCUACAGUGGCUCAGGAGACAGGAGACACGCCCCUACUGUAGGAAACCUAUCAGGUCCAGCUUUAUAUUUGUCAUGUACAAUUUGAGGAAAACUAUCAGCCACCUCGGGAUUAAGUGUAACAAUGAUGGUUGCUUUGCCACCUUCCCUCUGUCUGAGUUCCUUGGUGCACCGGUCAGCCCUGGAGCCAGCUCUGCCCCGUGGACUGUGGUGCUCUGCUCACAGGCCACCCAGAACCAACACAACUGCUUCCAGGCUAGAAUUUCCCCUUGACAAUAUACAAAUGAUCUUGGUGUAAAUGGAUGAAUCCUCUUUGAUGAUGAUUAUGGUUACCCCAGGCGGCUGAAGCAGCAGGUGGAGUCCCAGAGGCAGAACCACAGAGCCAUAGCUAGCGCCCUCCGGAGGAAGAUGAGGAGAAUGCAGACACAAGUUAGGAGGCAGGUGGCACUCAUCUGUGAGAGUCUAGAGGUCAUGGGAGAGGCAGAGGAGGGACAGGAGGGUGAGGGAGAGGAAUAUGGAGAGGGGGAAGGAGAGGUGUAUGAGAGGGAUAUGGAGAGGGGGAAGGAGAGGUGUAUGAGGGAUAUGGAGAGGGGGAGACUACAGGAGAUAGUAACACAAGCAGCAGCUCCUAAGAUGGGAACAGGGUUUAUUUUUGUAUUUUACAAAUGAUUAAUGACGUUUUAAAUGACAUAAGGGUUUUUAUAUAAAAUAAUAAUUAUGCGGAACUAUGAAAAUUAAAGAGGUUUGUAUUUUAAUUAAACUUUUAAUUUCAUGUUGGUGUGUUUUGUACAGACUGCAGAUGUAUUCUGAUGGAAUGUUUCAUUUUCAUAAUGUUUCUAUUAGGUUGAUUAUUGUAUUCUGGCAAAUCCAAAUCUUGAAUGAUUAAUAACGUGACGUAAAAACA